AUGAGCGUUUACGCAAAGAGCAAGCAUGGGGGCCGAAGGGUGUGGCAGCCUCCUCAGAUGACCGAUGAGGAAAGGCUUGCAAGAGAGAAGGCCUGGGCGUCAACGAUUGUCGCCCCAAGCAACCAACCGGAACCGAAGAAACGCGUUCCACCACUCUCAGCGAACUUUGUGCCUGCGUCCGCCCAAGCAGCGCCUUCACCGACUUCCGAGAGCCGUUCGGCGGCGGCAGAUACCGUGAUGGAGAACAUCCUGACGGCGGCCGGAGCGUGGGAGCGUGCGUGGCGGCAAACUCAGAGCGCCAGCAGCCGGUCUCGUGGACAGACGACUCCGUCGGUUUCUACGGCAUCCCAGGCAUCCCACACCAGGACCACAUCCUCAUCCUCGUCCGAUACGGCUUCGACCGUAAUUGAGACGGGCGACAACUACGGUCCCAGCUUCUCAGCUGCAGUGCCUCAGAAGCCCGGUCCGAAAGUUCAACAAGCGGCUGCUAAAGAAGCUGUCCCAGCGCCUGGUACCCCACCGAAAGCAGCUGCACCUCUCGAACCCACCACAGUCCUGGAACUUGAUGGAGUCUCGAAGCUCCGUCUCACUGACGAAGCCCAUGGAGCGCAGCAGACGACUGGGUCGGCACGAACACGGCUCGCCUUGUUGGAGAGUCUUGAGAAGCUGGGCGAGCAAGCGCUCCGCAGGCGAUACACGGCUGGUAGUGUCCAAGUGAAGGAUGGCAAGCCCGCAGAACAGGAGAAUUCUCACGGAAAGGGUCACGAAGAAGUCGAAGAGGAUGCGCACUCGGAAGACAAGGACCACGCGAACCAGCCCUCGAAGGACUCGCCAGACACCCCCGCUCACCCGCUGGGAGACGAAGCCGCCAAGACGUCGCUGACCACCUCGCCAACCACUUCGCCGAUCGCUUCGCCGACAAAGUCUGAUUCGAGUGGCGAAGUGAUUGUGUUCAAAGGUCGCCCAAAGGCUCGUGUCAGAGACGCUGACGAUGAGCCAGCUUGGGUCCCAAUUCCCGAGGGCUCGAGUUUGGCGUUCAAUCCCGAUUAUGAGAAACAGAAGAGCGGAGUCAUAAGGUCCUACCUCUCUACCUGA